AAGAAUGAUGCAAAACUAAAAAUGCAAGUUAAAUGGGUGGGUGAAUUAGAGGAAUGCACUUUUAGAGAGUUGCAUUUUAUAUAUAUCACUACUGCAUAAAAUUCAAGCUUAAUUUUCACAUUAAAGUGGAGUAAAUAGACUUGAAGUUCAAGUUCAUAUUUCAAGCAAAAAAAAAAAAAAAAAAAAAGAGUUUCAUAUACAAUCCACAAAGUGCCACGAGCAACAACUGGAUUGGACUAAGUUUCUCCAGACCAAACAGCAGUUUUGGGCCUUCAUUCAGUAGCCCAUUGGAACAAAAUCUUCUGUCCCGUAAACCCCACAAAACCAAAAUCGUUAAAGAGCUUAAACCCUCCGUCGUUCCCAAUUUCCCAACCCCAAAACCCUAAUUUCUUCUGCUCAGAGCUCCAAUUUGACAGCUUCAAUGGAGGUUAAAGCGCCGGAACACAACGUGAUGUGCCUUCUGACUGACCCAGAAGGCACUCCCUUGGGACCCACCAUGUAUCUUCCUCAAAACACCGGUCCUCCACAGCUCCAACAAAUCGUUAAUCAGCUCCUAAAAAAUGAGGAGAAGUUACCGUAUGCAUUCUAUAUAUCGGAUCACGAGCUUCUUGUGCCACUUGGAACAUAUUUGGAGAAGAACAAAGUUUCUGUGGAGAAGGUACUCUCAAUAGUUUAUCAGCCUCAAGCUAUUUUCCGCAUCCGCCCGGUUAGUCGCUGCUCAGCAACAAUUGCUGGUCACACGGAAUCAGUACUUUCAGUUGCUUUUAGUCCUGAUGGUCAACAACUUGCAAGUGGUUCUGGUGAUACUACUGUUCGGCUAUGGGAUCUUGGUACCCAGACACCAUUAUAUACAUGUACAGGACACAAGAAUUGGGUUCUUUGUGUUGCAUGGUCACCCGAUUGCAAGCAUAUUGUAAGUGGGAGUAAGGCUGGAGAACUUCAAUGUUGGGAUCCACAAACAGGCAAGGCAUUGGGCAAUCCACUUAAUGGCCACAAGAAAUAUAUUACCGGGAUCUCUUGGGAACCAGUCCACUUAGGUGCUCCAUGUCGACGAUUUGUAAGUGCUAGCAAAGAUGGUGAUGCACGCAUAUGGGACAUCACAUUGAAAAAAUGUGUUAUAUGUCUGAGUGGCCACACACUUGCGGUGACUUGCGUCAAAUGGGGUGGAGAUGGAAUGAUUUAUACAGGCUCGCAAGAUUGUACUAUCAAAGUCUGGGAAACUUCACAAGGAAAGCUAAUUCGUGAAUUAAAGGGCCAUGGGCAUUGGGUUAACUCUCUUGCAUUGAGCACUGAAUAUGUUCUACGAACAGGAGCGUAUGAUCAUACUGGUAAAAACUAUUCAUCUCCAGAGGAAAUGAAGAAGGUUGCUUUGGAAAGGUACAACAAAAUGAAAGGCGACGCUCCUGAAAGGUUGGUUUCUGGAUCUGAUGAUUUUUCAAUGAUUCUAUGGGAGCCCUUGGUCAGCAAACACCCCAAAACUCGCAUGACGGGUCAUCAGCAGCUCGUAAAUGAUGUUCGCUUUUCCCCUGAUGGGCUAUGGGUGGCUAGUGCAUCAUUUGAUAAAUCUGUCAAGUUGUGGAACGGUACUACUGGACAGUUUGUUGCUGCUUUUAGGGGACACGUUGGUCCUGUUUACCAGAUCAGCUGGUCGGCAGAUAGUAGACUUCUUUUAAGUGGCAGCAAAGACUCUACACUUAAGGUUUGGGAUAUCAAGACAAAAAAAUUGAAACAAGACCUUCCGGGCCACGCGGAUGAGGUUUACGCUGUCGAUUGGAGCCCGGAUGGUGAGAAGGUAGCUUCUGGUGGUAAGGAUACAAUGCUCAAGUUAUGGAUGGGAUAAGUGGGAAGUAGAUAUUGUCGAAAUGUCAACAGAAAGGAAUUUGCUUCACCUCGAAAGCAGGCGUAAAUAAACAAGCAUAUCUAAGUUGGCUAAAUACUUCUUCUGAGAUGGACACAAGUGUAUCGAACAGGUAGAGAAUCAGUUUUCAGCCAUUGAUUUGACUUUGGGAGCCAAAUUGGCUACUCACAUCAGUAUGUGCAGGGUCUGGGAAAGAGAAUGGAACUGGUUUUUUGUUUCUAGAUUUUUUUUGUUUUGUUUUUUUUCUUUCAUUUUUGUGUACUUUGUUUUUCUCCUUGAUUCAUAGACGGAAAUAGUGUUUGCCUAUGAAAUUUCACUUAUGCUUUUGACAAUAAUUGUUUUUUUAUGCCAAUAUAUAUCUAUAAUAUAUAUGUAUGUAUUUGUAAUUUUAUGCCAUUAUUGUUGCUAAUGAAG